AUGAUCUUCGAUCCAGCUGCUGCAGCAGCAUUAGUAUUAUCGCGUUUUACUCUUUCCAUUCAAAAGGAUUCAGAAACGUGGAUAAUGGAACCUGGAAAAUCCCAACGAAAAUAUGAAACGGUGGCAUCGUUCCGAUGUCGUCGUGAACCGUAUGCCUCCGGUAUUAAUGAUAUGCCGUCAGCGCAAAGGUGUGAACGCCUCUCGUCCAGUAGACCGCUCGCCUGGCCCUUUACAAAAAUUAAAAAUUUCUCUCAAAGGUCGCGAAAGCGAGAGCGGAGGCUUAUUGUUUUGCACGAAGGGUUCGGUGACAUUUACGGCCGUCUCCGUCGCCAACUUGCGACCCUCGUUACACUCAAUUUGACUAACUAUAACUUAUGGCAUCGACGUACAAACAAUAACUCAACAUUAUUUAUAUAUAAAACGAUACCAUUUAUUUUGUAUCAUCGUAUUUUAAAUAUUUCUGCAUAA